AGUGCAAAAAAUCCAAUUGGAAACUUGUAGGAGUGCUUUUAUUAUCAUUUUCCUGAGUCAGUGAGAGGAAUAAUUAGUGCAAUCUUACAAUAAUACCUUCCGUAAAUACCCACGCAUCUGUUCAGCUGAAAAUUUGUGUAAAUUCUCAAUCAAAUCCCAGGAAUUAGUGAAGUGAAUAAAACAUCUGAAUUGCGUUUUUGUUUUGACGUGUGGGAGUGAGUUUCAGGGGGAAUUUUGUGGCCAGAAAAGUCAGGGAAGGUGUUGUCCGGGAAGUGCAAAUAAACCAUAGGGGUAUUCUCUGAAUCCCAGAGAACCUUUUUGUGAAGUUGCUGGUGAAAAUCCAAGCAGAGGAGCGUGUCAGCUGGUCUGGUGACUGAGGGAGUCGAAAAAUCGAGUCAAUUGGGAAGAUGACACAGAUGACGCAGGAUGAAAUUAUUGGGAAUACCAAGACAGUCCUGCAGGGCCUCGAAGCCCUCAGGGUGGAACAUUUGACACUCAUGUCAAGCCUCUCGGAGGUCAGGGCAGUCAAUUCCGAUCGGGACAAGUGUGACUUGGUUCAGAGAAACAUUGAGAAUAUUGAUUUGGGUUUGGGUGAAGCUCAGAUGAUUCUGGCUCUCAGUGCUCACUUGCAGAAUGUCGAGGCUGAGAAGCAGAAGCUCCGUACCCAAAUUCGACGUCUGUGUCAGGAAAAUGCCUGGUUAAGGGAUGAACUGGCCAAUAAUCAGCAGAAAUUGCAAUCAUCUGAACAAAUGGUGGCUCAGCUCGAAGAGCAGAAGAAGCACCUCGAAUUUAUGGCUUCCGUCAAGCAAUAUGACGAAAAUCAGGAAUCCGAGGAAGCUCUAGAUAAAUCCCGCCGAGAUCCGGUCGUUGAACUCUUCCCUGAGGAGAGUGAGGAGGAACGCAAUGACUCUGACUCGACUUCUGUCCAGUCUGGCGGAGAUCUCAAUUACAGUCACAUGUCCAAUGUCACAGGCUACGAAAUCCCUGUCCGUCUCCGGACACUGCACAAUCUGGUCAUCCAGUAUGCCUCCCAGGGGCGCUACGAAGUGGCAGUGCCACUUUGCAAACAAGCCCUGGAGGAUCUGGAGAAGACCAGUGGCAGGGAUCACCCAGAUGUAGCCACAAUGCUCAAUAUUCUGGCUCUGGUCUAUCGGGAUCAGAGCAAGUACAAGGAAGCAGCAAGUCUGCUAAAUGAUGCCCUGGAGGUCAGGCAGAAGACUCUUGGGGAGAAUCAUCCAGCCGUAGCUGCAACGCUCAACAAUCUGGCCGUACUCUACGGAAAACGUGGCAAAUACGCUGAUGCUGAACCCCUCUGUAAGAGAGCUCUGGAGAUUAGAGAGAAGGUGCUGGGGAAAGAUCAUCCGGAUGUAGCCAAGCAGCUCAAUAACUUGGCACUACUUUGUCAGAAUCAGGGAAAAUACGACGAAGUUGAGAUUUACUAUCAGCGAGCAUUGAAAAUCUAUGAAGCGAAAUUGGGGCCAGAUGAUGCCAAUGUGGCCAAGACGAAGAAUAACUUGGCCAGCUGUUUCCUCAAGCAGGGAAAAUAUCAUGAAGCUGAUACGCUAUACAAGCAAGUUUUGACUAGGGCCCACGAGAAGGAGUUCGGACCGAUCGAUGGGGAUAACAAAGUUAUCUGGCAGAUUGCUGAGGAGCGAGAGGAGAAUAAGGAGAGAAAUCGUGAGAAUACACCUUUUGCAGAGCACGGAGCUUGGAUGAGGGCAGCUAAGGUUAAUUCACCAACUGUUACCACCACCCUAAAGAACCUAGCUGCCCUAUACAGGCGCCAGGGAAAGUAUGAGGCAGCUGAAACUCUCGAAGAUGUUGUUCUGAGGUGCAAACAGGAUGCCAUGGAGGCCAUGAAGAAGACUCCUCAAUAUCCUCCGAAUCAUCACAAAUCGGCCGGGAAGAGGGAGAAAAAUCCACCAACUGGGCUCAAUGAACAUUUGCUCAAAAUCAUCCUCGAAUUCGGCUGAAAAUUCCACAAAAAUAACCCCUCGAUAGCUUUAAUUCACUGAAUUUACUGAAGAAAAUUUCAAGUCCCAAAAAAAUGAAGUAUUUCAAUGUGAUUUCUUGUGUGCUUUCUAACACUUAUUUAAAUUGUGGCAAUAUUGUAUUUUUAUUUUUAUUUAAUUAAUAUGUAUGUUUUUUGGAGAGUAAAUGAUGAGCUUUCGAA